AUGUCGCAAGAAUCAUACGACGCCGUUGUCAUUGGGGCGGGCUUCGCGGGUAUCUUCCAGUUGAAGAGACUCCGCGAUGAUCUUGGCUUGAAGUGUCUGGUUGUCGACCAAGCAGGCGAUGUGGGUGGUACUUGGUAUUGGAAUCUCUACCCGGGGGCCAUGUCCGACACGGAGUCGUAUGUCUAUCGUUAUUCAUGGGACAAGGAAGAUCUGGCCAACUAUCCUUGGAAGGAGCACUACGUGAAACAACCAGAGGUUCUGGCCUAUCUCAACCACAUUACCGAUAAGCAUGAUCUCCGGAAAGACAUGAGGUUCAAUACUCAGCUGCUUGRCGCCCAAUGGGACAACACCAACCAGCGAUGGAAAAUUACGGUCACUGGUGACAAAGUCAUCACGGCCCGAUACCUUGWCACUGGUCUGGGACUGCUGUCGACGCAGAACUAUCCGGACAUUCCUGGCAUCAACUCCUUCGAAGGCGAUGUAUGUAACUACUCUGUCGAAGGCAAGCGCGUAGGGGUCAUUGGCUCGGGAAGUACUGGCGUUCAGGUGAUAACAGAGAUUGGAAGGAAGGUAAAGACGUUGACUUGCUUUCAACGUCACCCUCAGUACAGCGUGCCUUCUGGUGAUGACAAAGUCUCACCAGAGUAUCGCAAGUGGGUCAAUGAGAACUACGAUGACAUCUGGAAACAAGUAAGGAACUCGGUGACUGCAUUUGGCUUUGAAGAAAGCAAAAUUUCCUACCACGACUGCAGUCCAGAAGAGCGAGAGCGUAUCUUUCAAGACAACUGGGACAAGGGCAAUGGAUUCCGAUUCAUGUUCGGGACCUUCAACGACAUUACUGUCGAUCCUGAAGCUAAUGAAGGUGCAUGUGCAUUCAUACGUAAGAAGAUCGCCGAGACUGUCAAGGAUCCGGAGAAGGCAAGGAAGCUUACACCACACGACGUCUAUGCUCGCCGCCCCCUCUGUGACGGUAACGCAUCCAAUGGCGAGAAGUACUACGAACAAUUCAACCGCGAUAACGUUGACAUCGUUAACCUAAAGGAGACCCCAAUCACUAUUGAAGCGAAAGGAAUACGUACUUCGGAUGGCAAACUAUAUAAGCUCGAUCUUAUCGUUUGUGCGACCGGCUUCGACGCGGUCGAAGGAAGUUACUCCCGCAUGGCCAUUCAUGGCCGCGAUGGGUUGUCUUUGAAGCAAGUAUGGGACAAAGCUGGUCCUACCAGCGUACUGGGCACAUGCGUACCAGAGUUUCCCAACUUGUUCAUGAUCAACGGUCCCAAGGGUCCUUUUACGAACCAACCGCCAGCUAUCGAAGCUCAAGUCGAGUUUGUAUCAGACACAAUUGGUCGAGCUGAGAAAGGGCCAACUAAGGUGGUGGAGGCAACACAUGAGGGCGAGAAGUGGUGGGCACAGCUGUGUGAAAGCCUCGCCGCCGACAGUCUCUUUUGGAAAGCUGAAGACAACUGGAUUUUUGGGGCUAACAUCGCGGGCAAGGUUAAAUGUUUGCGCUUCUUCUUUGGUGGUAUGGGUGCAUAUAACGCUGAGCUAAAGAAGUGCGCCGACAGUGGCUAUCCCGCGUUCAAGCCAUUCUUGUGA